UCACUUGACGGGGGGCGCCUGAAUUUUUUGUUUGGAGGUAAAAUAUAAGUAAAGUGAUGUGUUGAUAAUGCUGUGAUUAAUUAAGUUUCUUAAUCCAAAUUACAAUUAACGAUGGAUACACAACGGAUUUUGUCGUCUGUCGAUGUCGACAUUGAUAGAUCUCCAGUUUGUAAAAGAGCCCGGUAUGAUAUGGACUUACCUGACACAAAUCGGUGGACUUUAAGUAAAAAUGAGUUAAUUCUACAUUCGGUUUACGACUCUGGAGUUGAAAGACUAGUGAGUGAUUCUGAAUUUGCUCUUGAAAAAGAACUGAAACGUCAUAAUGUUAAAUCGGGGGCUGCUAGUGAAACCCCUACUAGCAAAGUCGAACAAAUUGCGAUAUUGGAAGCCUCACUGCCGGAGAAUACGCUGCAAAAGCUUUCUAUGGGAGAGUUGGAUAAUAUUAUGUUUCACGAUGAGAAAAAGUCUUGUAAUAAUAGUAACAUAAAUUAUUUCGACUUGUUAUCAGAUGAAGUGAUAUUACACAUAUUUCAAAAGUUAUCAAAAACUCAACUAGGUAAUGUGGCUUUGGUUUGCAGAAGAUUUAGUCAAUUGGUGGAGGACGAGAGUUUGUGGACCCGAAUGGAUAUUUCAAACAGGUCGUUGGAAAAGGGCGCCAUGGGUACAAUAUUGAGCAGACAAGUGAUUAUUUUAAAAAUGUCUAAAACAAGAGUAAUGGACCCACCGAUUUUACCAAAUGUCAAAGCAUCUCUUCCUGAUUAUCGUUGCCGCUUAAUGUAUUUAGAUCUCACAAUGGCAUCAGUAUCACCCCCAAGCCUUGUAACAAUUUUUAACCAAUGUAGAAGGCUGAAAAAACUAAGUUUAGAAAGUGUUCCAAUUGAUGACAGUGUUCUUGUGGCCCUUUCAGCCAAUAGGGAGCUUGAAGUUCUUAAUUUGGCGAUGGCAUCGGGAAUUGGUGUUGACGGAUUGAGAUAUUUAUUAACAAAUUGUAGAAAAAUACGAGAGCUAAAUUUGUCUUGGACGUAUUUAAAUUCAGUCAGUAUUGACUUGGUUUGUGAAAAUUUGCCCCCAACUGUGGACAGAUUCAAUUUCUCAGGAUGUAGAAAAUUAUUAGAUGACCAAAAUGUGGUUCAAAUUGUUGCAAAUUGUCCCAAUCUUCGUGAACUAGAUUUAUCAGACUGUACUUCCAUAACUGGUGAUGCUGUGAAAAAGUUGACUGUGUUAGAUGAAUUAAAUUUCUUGUCGUUAUCACGAUGUUAUCUCAUUCCUUAUCGGUCGCUCCUCGUUUUAAAGAAAAUGAAAAGUUUGGCAUAUUUAGAUGUCCAUGGAAGUUACAUAAACGAUGACGAAUUUAAAGUCAUCAAGAACGGUUUAGGAGCCAACGUCAACAUAAAUAAAUUUAAAUUUAGUUCAAUUGCAAGACCAUCAGUGGGAGUGAAAAAAUCAAAAAUUUGGAAUAUGAAAAUUAAAGAUUAGUAUUUUAUUUAUACAGCGAAUUGUGAUGUAAUUUUUAAGUUUUUCCUAGUAUUUUUGGGACCAGUAAGUGCCUUUUUGAGGAUAUGAUUGAUUUAAUUGUAUUUUUACCGGGAGUUAAUAAAUAAUUAAACUAAAAA